AUGUACAAGUCGUCCGAUCGCGACGCUUGGCACGACGGCCUGGGCUUCUGCACGUGGAAUUGCUUGGGACCGGAGAUGACAGAAGCAGGUCUACUUGAAGUAUUGGAUGACCUCCAGAGCCACGGCAUCCAAAUCACCAACCUCAUCUUGGACGAUGGCUGGCAGCACAUCAGCGAUGGCGACACGCCGUUCUCAAGAGGGUGGACGGACUUUGAAGCCGCUCCAGAGAGGUUUCCCUCGGAUCUGAAAACAACAGUUACUUCAAUCAAGCAUAAAUACGGGACCAUUCGCCACGUUGCCGUGUGGCAUGCUUUACUUGGGCACUGGAGCGGGAUAGAUCCCAAGGGUCGACUUGCCACAAAGUACGCCAGUCAGGCACUUGCUCGCAAGGAUGACCACCUUGGACUAGACGGCUAUAUGACAGUUGUUUCCAUGGAUGACUUGGCAAGGUUUUACGGCGAUUUCUACAAAUUCCUGCAGGAUGCUGGUAUCGACGGCGUCAAGACUGACGUGCAGAGCAUGAGUGUUCAUGACUACGCAGAUUUCCAUGCCGCUGGGAGGUACAAUGCGGACUCGAAAGUAUCAAUUCUAGGACUGUUCAACGUUACGAGCCAUCGCAUCAUGGAACUCGUGGCCCUCUCUGACUUCCCUGGUGUUGAAGAAGAUAAGACAUAUGUUGUCCGUUCCUACCGGUCCGGCUUAACGUCAACCCCAGACUGUACCAAGAAGACACCUGUUCUGUACAAUGUGUCCAUUGAUUCGCAUCAAUGGGACAUUUUGUACGCUCAUCCCCUGGUGUCUUUGGUCAGCACAGUCAAAUCCGGCGUGCAAAUAGCGAACCUCGGGCUUCUGGACAAGAUGAUGGGGUAUGCUGCUGUUUUGAACACCUCUUUCCACUCGGCAGCCGACGGCAAGAUCGAAAUAACGACCACGCUCAAGGCACUCGGCGUGCUCGGUUUCUACAUCAAUUGUCCGUCGCGCCUCGACCUUUCAGAGAACAUUGCUGUGAAGCUGCAUGCAGAGGAUGUCCCUGUCGAUUUUCUCCACUUUCCACGCCAGGAGCCCGUGAUAGAAGUCGACGUGCAGAGGGCUUGGAAAGAACUGGGCUUGAAAUGCGUGCACUACGACCCCAUCGACCACCUCAACCAGCUCUUCUCCCACCCGUCGACCGUCUCCUCCAUCAGCCAAGUGUCCCAUACACUACGACAUCGCCAACAUGAAAUCUCAAGCGACAUUUCCCGGCUGGAGCAGCAGCAAGCGUACCAGCCUGAUUCGAGCCUCGAGCGCAUGCAGUCGGCCCAGGCUGAGCUAGCGCAGCUCUUUCGCAAGAUCGAGACGGUCCGAUCGCGGGCCAUGGAAACGGAACAGAACAUUACGAGCAUGACGGCCGACAUCAAGAGGCUGGACGGCACGAAACGGAAUCUGACGCUCAGCAUGACAGCACUGAAACGGCUGCAGAUGCUGACGACCGCGUACGAGCAACUGCGCGGACUGGCGAAGACCAGGCAAUACCGAGAAUGCGCUGGGCUCCUGCAGGCUGUGAUCCAGCUGAUGAAGCACUUUAACAGCUAUCGAAGUAUUGAGCAGAUUGCGACACUGAGCCGAGGGGUCGCGGAUCUGCAGAGAGAGCUCCUGGAGCAGGUCUGCGAGGACUUUGAAAUGGCUUUCGCCAAAGCUGAGGUAUCGGCACGCAGGGGGACGCUCCAGGAAGCUUGCCUUGUUGUUGAUUCUCUGGGCGACCAGGCCAAGUCAAGGCUCAUGACUUGGUAUGUGAACACGGAGCUCAGGGAAUACCGACAGGUCUUCAGGGGCAACGACGAGGCGGGCAACCUGGACAACAUCGGGCGGCGCUACGCAUGGUUCAAGCGAAUGUUGAAGACCCACGAGGACGAGCACGCGGCUAUCUUCCCGCCGCAUUGGAAGGCGAAUGAAGUCCUGGCGACGGCAUUCUGCGACGGCACACGAGAGGACUUUAAGCUGAUACUGGAAAAGAGCAUGCGGCGCGGCGAGGGACAAAACGUCGACGUCAACCUGUUGCUGAGCUGUCUGCAGGAGACUCUCGAUUUCGAGCAAAGCCUAGAGAGGCGCUUCGGGCGCGAACCCAGAGCCAGCAUCGACACACUGAGCUCGCAGGACGAAAGGCCCCAUACGUUUAAUGGAUUGGUAUCUGUGGCCUUUGAACCAUACUUGAGCUUGUGGGUCGACUCGCAAGACAAGCAGCUGGCCUCGGUGAUACCCAAGUACCGCAACCAACCACUCGUGGCGGAGGAUGAGGAGUUCUCGCCAUCGGCUGUCAUACCGUCGGCCAUUGAGCUCUUCCACUUUUACAAGCUCACAUUAUCGCAGUGCGCCAAGCUGUCGACGAGCGAUCGCUUACUGGACCUGUCGAGGGUACUGGCAAAGUACCUGGACGAAUACGCCCAGCAAGUCCUACUGCACAUCUUGCAGGCGGGUGGACAGCAAGCGCCGGCGAUACAAGAUGUGGUGCUGGUGCUCAAUUCGGCAGACUUCUGGCACGCCAACACGAACCAGCUGGAAGAGAACAUCAAGAAACGUAUCGACAGCGAACUGGUAUCCAAGGUAGAUCUGACAUCUCAGUCCGAUGCGUUCCUGGGCGUGGCGAGUGCAGCCGUCCUGGCGCUGGUGCACAUUGUCGAGGUUGAGUGCGACGGUGUCUGGCGCGAGAUGCGCAACACCAACUGGAGCACAAUGGACAGCGCGGGUGACCAGAGCUCCUAUGUCAGCGAGCUUGUGCGGCGCGUGAACGCCAAAGUGGAGGAGAUUCUUGGGGUGGUGGCCAAGCAGCAGUACGCGAGAGCCUUUUGCGACAAUCUCGUCGAGCACUUGGCUUCGGCGUACAUUAACAGCAUUGUGCAGUGCCGACCCAUAUCAGAGGUCGGUGCGCAGCAGAUGCUGGUGGACAAGUACGCGCUGACGAAAGCGUUCAACAACCUGAUCCUGUUUCACAACCCGUCGCCGGAUCACCAGACGCCGUCCGCAAGCUUUGUCCGCCGAGUCGAGCAGUGCAUGAAUAGGAUGGACCCCCUUCUCAAGACACUGCAAGUGCGAUCAUCCCCCCCGGAAGGGCUCGUGCAGGCCUAUCUGAUCCACAUUGGCGACCGGUCCGACACCAACUUCAAGAAGAUUCUUGACCUCAAGGGGAUUCGCAAGCAAGACCAGCAUCAUCUGGUGGAGCUGUUUGGUAUCCAUCGAGAUGGCAGCGGCCACGAUAAGCUUGUGGAGAGCUCACCUCUCCUGACACCCCUAAUGGCUGCUUCUGCAAUGGGCCAUACGGCGGGCGCAGGAUCCAUGAGCAGCAGCAGCGCCCUGAGUGCAGCCACGGGUGGUGCCCGCUUUGAUACGGGGUCCCUCGGGGAGAAGCUUCUCAGUGCGGCGAGGGACAUUAGCACAGCUACGGACCGUGCGGGCCAGAGUGGCAUGGAGAAGGCCACAAUCAACGAGAAUCUUCGCAAUUUUGGGAAAUUCUUCAAGAGAGAUAUUGGAGGACUGGGGGCGCGGUUUGGGAAGAGGGAUGGGAGUGAGGAAGGCCUGGGGCUGCGAUGA